AUGUCUACUCUGAGGAAGUCUGAGAGCGAGAGAUUGAGGGAGGAGAGGAGGACCAAGAAGAGGAAUGACCCCAUUAGUAGUGAGAGUGAGCAAGGAGAGUUUGAGAUUGGGGUGAACCUUGUUCAAGAGGAGGUGAUGGCUCUCCAAGUGAAGAAGAGGGUGAAGAGAACAUGCACUUGGCAAGUUCUUCUCUCACCGCAUGGAGUCUACAAGGAGCUCACUUGUGAGUUUUUGGCAUCGAUGAGGUAUCACCAGUAUGAUGAGCUCGAUCGAGCUGUGUUGGACCAAGGCUGGGGAUGGAUUAAUUUCUUGGCAAAGGGAGAAAGGAAGAUGCUUUCGUCUGGAGGUGGUUUCAUGUCAUUCGGACCAGCGGUUCAGAAGAUACGACGAUUUUGGUUGGACUCGACCCACCAGCUCGACCGGCCAGUUUCCAACUCGAUCGAGCUGCUUUUCCAGGAGUCAAAGUCAAACCCGAAAAAUGUUGCUUCCCUUUGA